AUGUCUCUGCACUCGUAUUCAUCGGGCUCUUACAAGCAAGCACUGGCAGUCUCUAGAGAAGAAGAGACUCGUGCAGAAGGAGGAAGGGCAAAAGAGACUGCUCUAGAUGCCAUACAGAGCUCAGUAGGAGUCAGCGUAGCAAUCUCAUUAAGAGAAAUGGUGCAAGACUCAACACAAAAUGCCACACAGAAUUCAUCAAGAGUCAGCAGAGCAGUCUCAACAGGAGAAAUGGAUGACUCUUCACUCGCAUUCACGGGACUCUUGCAAGCGAUCACUGGCAGUCGAAGAAACAUCGGUCUUAAGCGCAGACCUCUUCGGAUAUCAGAACAAAUGCACUUUAUCAAAGAAGCGUCCAUCCUAUACGACUCGUUAACGAGACGAGAGCAAGAUGAGCCAGAACUUUUCGUUUCGCAAUUCUCUAAAUACCCUCCUCUAAACACUUAG